AUGCUCAAGAAGCUCAAAACGCAGUUGAUUCAGGAGCAUCCUGGCUGGGGAGGACCGGUGCACCCAACGAUGCACAUCGUCUGGAAUGUGAACCCAAUGCAGGACAACUAUCUGGUUCACAAGCGGAAGGUCAAGCUUGCGUAUCGUGCCAUGGCUAAGGAGGACGGUGCUCUUGAGGAUGGCAGGCGUAUUGAGGAUUUGGGAGAGUUGGAGGAAGGGGAGCGUGUCAAACAACCGGCACGGUGCAUACACCAGGGGAACAAUGAUGAAUGGGUCAUUGAAUCCGCAAAAAUGGCCUCGAUUUACGGCCGAGCAGCUUUUACAGUUGAGUUCGUCGACCAAACCAGUCUCGUUGACGCCGCUGAAGCGUCCCGCGGUAUGUUUCUCAAGACCGAGCACGGGGAUCAUGAUAUCAACGGGGACUUCAGCCCACCAUACAACCCUCUGAGCCCCGAGUCUGGUUACCAGUGGCUGGAAACCAGCGGUAACUUUCCAAGCCGUCCCAAUGGAGAACUUGAUACCAGAGGCUGGGCAUUCCAGGAGAGGCUUCUUUCUCGGCGCAUUGUCAGCAUAACAAAAGAAGGAAUAUUUUGGGACUGUCUUCGGCUGAGCGCUUGUGACUGGCGUCCGCUAGGGUUUCUGGGCGACUUUUCACCCAGGUUUCGAGAUAACGACGAGCGAAAGAUCAAGGGGGCCUUAUUGAAUGGCAGCGCCCACGCUCAAGAAGAACAUGGUCUCUCGGCCACAGUUCGCAAGAAAUACUACCUUUUAUGGAGGCGACUCUUACAGAGCUACACCUGCCGAGCUUUCACCAACCCUCCAGAUCGCCCGAUGGCAUUUCAAGAAGUCCUUCAUCGGUUACGAUUUCUUCUUCAAGAGGAGGACCAUCACUUUGGGGUAUGGGAAGGGGACGUCUUGAGAUCUCUGAUCUGGUUUGUCGAGACAGAGGGCGAAAACGCGCGCGUCCUGCUUUCCGAACCAUUUGUGAAGGUUCCGUCAUGGUUGUGGGCGUCGGUGGACGCUCCGAUCCAGUACGGACUCUGGCACCCCUUUUGGCGGUAUCGAGUUCGCGAUAUCGAGGUCUUGGCACCACCGCACACGGUCGUCGAGAAUAUUUCGGUCAAGGCAUCUUCACCGGGACAAUUGUCAGGCUGCUUGGGUGAGGUUAUUCUUAGGGGUCCUUUGGCCACAUUGGAAACGACAAAAGUCAGGAGGUUACCUGGGUGUAAGCUCGUGUUUGACCCCAGGCCCGAGGCUUGGUAUUCAAGUCAGGUCUCUCCUGACUUCAUUCGAGAUACCAGCAGGUUGACAAGGUACUAUGAGGUCGACUGUUUGCAGGAUCUGGUGAUUAUGAAGAUCCUGGAGGGCGGCUACUCGGAGGAUCAAGUGGCACAUUACUGCCUCAUUCUACAGCCAUGUCUUCCUCCGAAGCCCCUUCCCCGACAAAACGGCGUCAAGCCACACCUUGGAUCGCUCCCCUCGUCACCCAGCUAUCAUCAAAGACUUGGACUCUUGGUGGUGGACAAAACACUGGACAACUUUUGUGCCGACGAUCCUGAUAUCUGCAAAGACGAUGGAUGUCUGUUGGAGAAGAAGCAAAAGAGAGAUGGCCAGCUCGUCUGUCGGAGAUGUUUGGGACGGAUAACAACCAUCGCUAUUGUGUAGCUACCUACUUACCUAGGAGCUGUUCCGUCUGGAUAGGCACCCCUGGCUAAACCGUCGCAGUCGAGUUCUCGGUUGUAAUCCCGCCAACCUUGUCCUCCUCCUCCAGCAUCCUCCGCGCCCUGUAAAACGCCGUGACUGUAUAAACCACACAGCCCCUAGGAUCCUCAUGCUCCAUCGACCACGGCCCAUUGAUAACCCCAUCAGAGUAAUCCCCAAUCGUGUUACAGAACUCGGUAUACAUGCCCGCCCAGAAACUGGUUUCGACAUUCGAAUCAUUGACCUUCUUAUCACCCGCGGUAUAAUCAUCACCACAAUCUGGCCGGUUUUGUUCAGGGACUGGAUUCAACCAGGGAGGACUGGCUGGAUCGUAGGUGUUGUUGGUGAAGGUCUCAUAGGCGAGGCAACAUCCGGACAUGCUCCC